AUGGCCGGCGACAACGACAGCGAGGUGCCCAUCGCCAUCACGGCCCUCAUCAUCGCCAUCGCGGCCCUCUUCGCGGCCACGCUGCAGAUCCUCCAGGCCAUCUUCGCGUCGGCCCGGGGGCUUCCGAACUGCAACAGCGUCGUCAUGGGGGGUUGGUCCAAGGGCACCAAGAUCCGGCCCAAGAUCACCCAGAUGCGCCUCGAGGUCAAGUUCGAGGCGCCCAUCAUCUUCCUCGCGCCCCCGAACAACACCGGCAAGCCCGAGAGCAAGAACGACGUGUGGUGCGCCGAAGGCACCGAGGCGAGUUGCCGGAAGAGCCGCCUGGACUGGGACACGCUGUUCCGGGACUGGCACUCCAAGGCCACCGAGAAGGUGCACACCGUCGACAUGGAGCUCGCGACCUGGGUGUAUCUCUUGGUCGCCAUCGAGAAGAUGGAGAGGGACUCCAAGUACUGGGAGCUCGGGAAGUUCCACCGCGAGGGAUACCCGGGCACCGUCCCCAAGGACCUUCCCGAGCCUACGUUGGCCGUCAAGAUCCAGGCGAAGGAGAGGAGCUUCGACGCGAACCCGGCCAUCAAAAAGCCCUUCGCCACGUCCACGAUAUCUCACCUGAUCGAGCUUGCCGCCAUCCUCGGCAUCUAUUGGAAGGUGUUCGACCGCGACAGCAACCAGUACCGCGCCGAAGGGAACGGGUACAGCCUCACGGGCUCCCGCAUCGCCGACCUCGGGGUGCAGUUCACCUUUGAGAAGACGGGGGACACGUCGUUCAAGGAAAGGCGUGUCAUACCGACAUCGGAGGUCAAGGAACUCUGCUUCGGCCGGGUGCCGACGUUGUUUCGGGAGAAGAAGAACCUGGACGAGGACGUCGAGUGGCAAAAGGAGCUCAAGACGUCGUCCGGGACGGGGAUCAAGGUCGAAAUACUGCAGAUGGGCAGCGUCGAGGAGAUUGCCGAGACGCUCACCCAGAUCGGGUGCAACGGCAACACGACGCUCUUCUACAAGGAGGGGAAGAAACACCGUCACCUUUUCCCAGUCACUUUCGAGAUCCUCGGCAUGCUCGCGAGGGUGUUGCACAUCCGAGGGCGAUGCUUCCGCUUCCUGCCCAAUCCCACCAUAUUCCCCUGGUACAGUGGGUCGUUCUCGUUGCCACGGCUGCUCGACGCCUUUAGCGAGCGCAUCCUGGACGACCUCACCAUGAUCGAGGAGGAGAUCGAGGCGGUCCCGGACGAUUCCCUGGACAAGGGGGUCCGGUCUGCCGUCGCGGACAUCCGGGCCCUUUCGGAGUCGGCCGCAGAUCUGCACGAGGCCUUCGAGCGCGACCCCACGCUGACGUGCGACCGGAUGACGGCGCUCCACGGGGCCAUCGCGGCGGCGGACGACAUGCUCAAGGCGAGGGAGCAGGAGAUCGUGCUGGACGUCCUGCGCCGCCACCUGCAAGAGGUCCUGGCGGCCAUCAACAACAACCCGGACUCGGGGGGAGCCAGCAGCCGGCAAGGGAGCGUGUCGUUCGGUCACCUGCUCGGCAUCCCGCUCGAGAUGAGGGAGUCGAGGUUCAUGGAUACGUACUUCAAGCGCAUCCUCUGGCGCGUCGUCGGCUCCGCCAAGAACAGCAGGAGGGAGGACGAGGUCGUCUCACAGGCCAUCCACGAAGACACCGAGAAGCGUCUGUCGCGCCACGAGAACGGUCAGUCGCAGGCCGGGAACGCCGCCGCGUUCGUGUCGUCGCCGUCGCCCGAGACGAGCAGCCCGACGGAGCCACCCACCGCGGCCGGGUCCCCGAUCGAGUCCCCGGCGGUCGAGUCGAUCCCGACGCCCGGCAUCAGCAAGAGGGGGUCCUGGCCGCAACGGGUCGAGACGGAGCUGCACAAACGGACCGAUGCGGCCCGGAUGAACACGAUCGCCGAGCAGCCGGACUGGACGACGACGGCGACGAAGCACGUCGAGAUGCAGCGGGCGGCCGUGUGGUACACGCUCGUGUUCCGGAUGAUCUGCUGGCUGAUGCUGCACGACUUUGACAAGAAGGACGUGCAGCUGCCCAAGAGCGAGCUGAUUGGGAACAGGCAGACCGUCUUUAUUUUAUGA